AUGGCGUCUCACGCGCCCACGGGCGGCGGCAUCGUGCCCGCGCAGCUGGGCUUCCUCGCCAUCUACAACCCCUCGCUGGGCCAGACGGACGAGACCAUCGACGACCAGAUCGUCUACUACGCCUCCGUGUCCACGCAGUCCUCCGGCCGCAGCAGGCGACGCCGCGCGCGCACCAGGCCGACGGAUGGCAUCUCCCAGGAGGAGCGCCACGAGCGGCUGCGCCAGAUCGGGCUCGCGCAGGGCAUGGUCAACUUCAGCCGCGGCUUCUCUGACGGCGCGCCGGUGGACGCCAUCGAGACGGAGAAGUCGAGGGUCAUUGCGCAUGAGCUGGAGCCCGGGUGGUGGAUUCUUGCUAGCAUCGACUUGAACAAAGUGCCCCUGCCACCGCGGCUGCCCACAAAGACGGGCGAGCAGCAGGAGGAGAGAUACGAGUAUUCGAGCCGCGAGAUGAAGCCUGCCACGUUGCUGCUGACGGAUCUUUUGCGAGCACACAGCAUCUUUCUUUUGCAUCACGGGUCGUCGCUGAGCGCCUUGUUUGUUCGAUACCGCCGUGUCAAGUUCAUUGCACUGCUCGGCCGCUACUGGGACCUGUUCCUCUCCACCUGGAACGUCAUGCUGCACGGGAACCCAGCAAGAGACAUGUUUGGCGGCAUCAACCUGGCCGCGUCUGGUGAGCUCGGCGUCGGCGUCGGCGAGGAAGACCGUGGGAGCGGAGAGCGGGAGGUGCUUGAGGGCCUGGUGAGCAGAGUCGAGGGGCUUGUUGACCUUGUGGUCUCGAGAUUCGGACACGACGACCCUGAGACAGAUACAGGCAAGUCGAACAAGGCCCGUGCAGAGCCAUGGCUUGGAACUGGCAGGGAGCCCAGUGUCGAGGACGGCGCCAUAUUCCUCGGGACGGGAGCAUUAUCACGAAAGUCGCUACGAGACGUGACACACUGGAUGGAGGAUCUAUAUACUUGGGGCGAACACGCUUAUGGCGUCAUUGAGAGCCCGACCUCAACGCGGCGCGCUCGAGGCAAGAAGUCCACGUCCAAGGCGACGAUUCCGGCUGAGAGCCAGCCUCCAGAGGCAGAUGCUGCAACGGAGCCUGCACGAGACGCAGGCGAAGCUGCGACCGCUGCCCAAGACGCUCAGCCGAAAACAGAGGGAGAUGGGUCUAGUGACGCAACUCCUGAACUAGAAGCUGGAAGGCUCGACAAGAUGGUCAGCUACUUGACACUUGGAUACGGAUCGUAUUGGUCGUUUCCAGGCAGCGGCGGCAACUCGUCCGACGCUGCCGUCCAGCAAGCUGCCGCCGGGGACAAGUCGCAUGCCAGGAAUGCAUCCAAAUCGCCAAAGCUGCCCUCUUCUCUUGAGUCGUCGGGCCACUUCCUGAUUGGCCUCAAAGGAGACAUUGAAGAGGAUGCACCAGCCGCCAACGAUGCUACGACGCCCAUCGGUUCGGACGAUGCCGAGGAAGAGGACGAGAACAACUCGCGCACCGUCCUGCGCACUCUCCACGUCGAGCUCGAAAACCACGCCGCCGAGCACCGGCCAGACAGCAGCGUCACCCGGGACUUUGGGCACGAAGCCAACCCGCUGACCCGGGCCCAGGCGAUUGGCGGCGCGUCCGCCGGCUACGACUCGCACGACGCCAACAUGUCGGAGAAGCUCCGCGUCGUCGUCUACGUCAACAAGCCCUUCAUCUUCACCUUUCUGUUCCGCCUCCGCACCGACUCCCUCGCCUGGGACACGCUCUACCGCUCGCUGCACUACCAGCUGGCGCCUCUGCGGAAGCCCCUGCUGGCAUCGACCAGGUACCGUCCCGAGCGCCCAGUCGCCGGAUCCGCGUCGUCGCAUACCAUCCAGGACCUCGUAUGGGAUCGGCCCUCGCUCACCGUCCAUUCGUCGAUCCCCAACAUCCCAGACUUCUUCCCCGACUCUUCUUCGUCUGCUGCUUCUUCUUCUUCUUCUUCUUCUUCUUCAUCACCGCCGUCGCCGGCGUGGUCCCGCGCGGAUGCUGUAAGCACGCACCUGCACCUGCUCAACAUCUACGCCGCAACGCGCUCUCGUAUCGCCGACGUCGAGCGCACGCAAAAGACAAACCGCGGGUGGUGGAUCGUCUGGACCCGCGUCCUCCAGCGCACCGCCGCGACGACCCCUUCCACCAUGGAGGAGGAAAAGGCCCCUUCUUCUCCUCCCCGUCCCUCCUCUUCCUCCUCCUCAUCGUGGUCUCACUCACCGCCUCCCGUGGUCGACAAGGAAAUCUUCCUCCUGCGCCGCGCGAGCGACCACAUUGGCUUCCGCAUGGCGUCUCUAGACGAGGGCGGCGCGUCCGGGGCGGUCGAGGGCAUGGGCCGGCUGGCGCAGGGCAUCGGCGUCGAUACGAGGAGGUAUGUCGAGGAGCUGUUGACGCUGCUGUGA